AUGCACGCCACUACAAUCGCCGCCGCUCUCUUGAGCAUCGCUUCAUUCACUCUGGGGGCUGCCAUUCCUCACAAGAUCUUGCCUGAUGCGGACCAGUACAAUUAUGUCGACGUGGCCAAGCGGGUCGCUCCCGACGCUGACGAGUACAAUUAUGUUGAUGUGGCGAAGAGGGUCGCUCCUGAUGCUGAAGAGUACAAUUACGUCGAUGUGGCCAAACGUGUGGCCCCAGACGCGGAUGAGUACGACCACGUUGAUGUCGCAGAGAGGGUGGCACCAGAUGCGGAUGACUACAACUACCUUGACGUAGCCAAGCGCGUGGCCCCGGACGCCGACGAGUACAACUAUGUCGACGUAGCUAAGCGUGUGGCCCCAGACGCGGAUGAGUACAACUACGUUGAUGUCGCAAAGGGGGUUGCACUAGAUGCGGAGGAGUACAACUACGUUGAUGUGGCGAAGAGGGCUUCCGAUGCAGAUGCAGUCUACUGA